AUGAGGAGCAGAGCGGUGCCUGCUCACCAGCCAGUGCCGGCUCUCCGGGGCCCUUGCGGCGUCGGCGCCCAGAGCUCCUCUGGGGGCUUCCCGUAUGGGACUGGUUACAUUCACUCCUCUGCUGCUCCUUUUCCUCCACUCUCCCAUCCCUGCUCUGGAGCCAGUGCUGGACAUUGGCCUCCUUUGUGCUGCAAGCCAGGCUCCCCGCCCAGCCGCAGGCCAGCUGUGCCCAGCAGGAGUGCUCGUUGCAGCCGCACGGGGCUCGAAGGAGCAGUUACAGAGACUUGGCACCGACAGCCUUGUUUGGGGAACGCGCCUGUUACAGACGUGCUGAAACAAAGUCUGGCCGUGGCUGCUUUUUCCUUUCACACGAGUAUAAAAGCCUCCAGCGUGAGGCAGGAGUGCGGGCUCGGAGCCUUCUGGGCAGCACUGUCUGGGACAGGACGGAGCAGCUGGUGCCUUUGCACCCAGGUCCAGCUCUGGCACGGGGCUGGCCUGGCAGAGCUGAGCUCUGGCCCAGCAAACGGGCAGCAGCAGUCCUGGCCUGUGGGGGUGGGAUGGCAGCUCCCACUCCUGCUUGAGGGGCCCCUGGCUGCCCAGCUGUGUCGGCUGCCCCUCCUUCCAGGGCUCUGCCGGAGAUGGGCAGAUGCCCCGGCAGCCUCUGCAUUAAGCAAGAAGCAACUGCUGAGAAGUGACGCCUGUGAGGCUGGGUGCCUGGGAUCCUUGCGCGGGAGGCCAUGCUGUGGGGUGAUGCUGCCCCCACAUUUCUUUCUGAGCCCGAGUGAGAAAGAGAAGGGUUAACGGGCCUGGGCACCGGCCACUUGGCCUGCACCAUGAGCUGCUCCCAGGUUUCCUCCGGGAUUCAUCACAUUGUCUCCUCUGCCUUCGAGAGUGUAAGUAGCUGGAGCUGCCCCCGGACCACAGGGCAGAGCCAGCGGCCUAGAUGUAGGGCCCGUGUGAAGAGUCGGGGGCUCCUGGAGUGGCACUGGGACGUUCGGCACUGCCCCCCAUGUGAGCAGCUGCCGUCCAGUGUUUUACUGGGGACUGGGCCCAGCAAGCUCGGCCCUGGGGUCACCCCAUGCCCUGCGGAGGGGUGAGGAUCAGCCCCAGAGAGGGCUCCUCUCAUGAACCCACAGGCUCGGGGCUGCACCUCCAGCUUUGGGAUGGUCUCUGGGAGGCCCCUUCACUGGCCCAGCCCCCUGGGAGUUCUGCUGUGCCUCCAGG